AUGUACCUCCCUGACAAGCGGGAUCAGUCGGACAAGUCGUCGGCGCACAAGCCGGUCGCCUCGUCAUCCAAAAAGAACACCUCCUUCACCAUCGGCGCCGUCUGCAUCAUCUUCGGACUCGCCCUCUGUGUGGUCAUCUAUUUUGGCUUGCGAUACCUUCGCCAGCGAUACUCAGAGCCCAAAUACCUCCCCGGAAAAUACCUCAAGAGCAAAUGGAGGACAUGGGCGCCGGGCAGAGCCAGGUAUGACCAGGUGUCGAAUCGACCGGGCCCUGAUGGAGAGCACAACACCUCCUACCCGGGCCGGGGCCCAGAGAUGACCACCACGAGUGUCCACCGUGAUACGUCGAUCCGUUCCGUGAUCACGCUGCCGGCCUACUCCCCCAGCCCGAAGCCGACGGAGCAGGUUAUCGGCCGAGAGGGCGAGAGGAGCGGCAUGGACACGGUGGUGGAAUAUUCCGAGACUGCAGAGGAGCAAGAGGCUCGCCGUGAAGAGCAGAUGGAGGCGUUAUACCAGCUGCGUCUACAGCGACGACAAGAGCUCACUGAUCGAGAGGCCCGACGGCGAGACCGGCGAGAAGCUCGUGCGCGCGGCGAUACGGACCGCCUGGAGCAGCUGGCCGCAGAGUCACGGGCUCGCAGACGCCAGUCUCGGAAUGGUAGCAACACCUCGAUCGAUGCAUCGGCCGUGCUGGCUGAGCAUCAAUCGCGCGAGCGAGGACGUCGCGUGUCGAGCGUCAGCUACGCCGAUGUUGGUCAUGUCCGCCAUGACGGAUCGCGCCUUCGGGCCAACUCGCACGAAUCCGAUCACCGUCCUCUGCUGCAACACACCGAUUCAUCCAACCCAUCUUUGAUGGACCCGCAGGACGCCACCUCCCGUGUCAUGUCUUUUGCAUCCUCGAUCAUGAGCACCUCAACUGCUGUGACGGACGUUGAUCCCUUGGCUUUGGGCCGAUCCACAACACACGGGUCUAGCCGGCCGUUGUCUCUAGCCGAUGAAAGAGACCUGGGGACGCUCAACAUCCCUCCGCCACCGGAUUAUGAGUAUCUGGAAUGGGGCGAUGUGCCUGCAUACGAUAGUCCUGUGGCUGAGCGCACCCCUCUGCCUCGGACCAUCAGACGAGUGCCAUCCAUUCAGGUGGAUACUCCGACUCCUCGGGCUGCAUCCCCGGCAUCACCGUCGAGCUUCCAUUCGGCAAUGGACGAGCGACCACCAUCUCCAUUGGAGCUCUCCCAGCCUGCUUCAUGA